GUUCAGUUGAAUUCUGCCAGCUCUCCGGAAAACUUGCACAAAAGAGAGCUAGAAACCGUUAAAUUAGAGUUCUUAACAUAAAACAAAAAACGCUAAAAACUAAAGUGUGGAAUAUUAUAAAUAGUGUAUUAAUUAAUGAGCCUCAGUUAGAGAUACAAUUGAGAUAAAAGUAAAAACGGAAAAACCACAAAAAGUUAAUACUAGUGACUAAAAGUGAAUGAGCAAACCAAUAGAAAAUUGGCAAAUCAAACUGGAGGUUAAAGUAAAGUGACCAGAUCGCAGCUCUCGGAUAGCAGAAGUAGUUAGAUCCCCAGAAUUCGAAUCCCACGCGUUGUACACCUGGUUUUCUUCGCUGGCAACGUAGUCGGCCAUUGAGUUGGCCGAUACCAAACGACCUUCAAAACGUUUUGCGUCGAGGCAAUACGCACCAUGGGCUGCGCACAGUCUGCCGAGGAGCGAGCCGCAGCCGCCAGGAGUCGCCUCAUCGAGCGCAACCUCAAGGAGGACGGCAUACAGGCGGCAAAGGACAUCAAGCUCCUGCUGCUGGGUGCCGGUGAGUCGGGCAAGAGCACAAUAGUCAAACAGAUGAAAAUCAUUCACGAGAGCGGCUUCACUGCGGAGGACUUUAAACAAUAUCGACCGGUUGUCUACAGCAACACAAUACAAUCAUUAGUUGCAAUAUUGCGCGCGAUGCCAAACCUAAGUAUUCAGUACAGCAAUAACGAGCGGGAGAGCGAUGCCAAGAUGGUGUUCGACGUGUGCCAGCGGAUGCACGACACCGAGCCCUUCUCGGAGGAGCUGCUGGCCGCCAUGAAACGCCUCUGGCAGGAUGCCGGUGUCCAGGAGUGCUUCUCGCGCAGCAACGAAUACCAACUGAACGAUUCCGCUAAAUAUUUCCUGGACGAUUUGGAUCGGUUAGGCGCCAAGGACUACCAGCCAACUGAACAGGAUAUCUUGCGAACUCGCGUCAAGACCACUGGCAUCGUUGAGGUACACUUCUCCUUCAAAAACCUCAACUUCAAAUUGUUCGACGUGGGCGGCCAGCGUUCGGAGCGUAAGAAAUGGAUACACUGCUUCGAAGAUGUCACAGCGAUCAUUUUCUGCGUGGCCAUGUCUGAGUACGAUCAGGUCUUGCAUGAGGAUGAAACCACGAACCGCAUGCAAGAGUCGCUGAAACUGUUCGACUCGAUCUGUAACAACAAAUGGUUUACGGACACCUCGAUCAUUCUGUUCCUGAACAAGAAGGAUCUGUUCGAGGAGAAGAUUCGCAAGAGUCCCCUGACAAUUUGCUUCCCCGAAUACACAGGUGGACAGGAGUACGGCGAGGCGGCUGCUUACAUUCAGGCUCAAUUUGAAGCGAAAAACAAAUCAACCUCAAAAGAAAUCUACUGCCACAUGACGUGCGCCACAGAUACCAACAACAUUCAGUUUGUAUUCGAUGCUGUCACCGAUGUCAUCAUAGCAAACAACCUGCGCGGCUGUGGGCUGUAUUAAGGAGGAGGAUUCCCCAGCCGGAUCCCUACCAGAUGAUGAUGAUGGCGAUGAUGAUGUGGAGCAGAAUUGGGGGGCGUUAGCAGGGAACACCGUAACGGUAUUAAAGAGCAGCGCGGGAGCACAACAACCCACCAGCAUUGAUCAAAAACCAAACAAUUUAAGAGCAGAUGAUAGAACCAACCAACCGCAACCACACACAGGACACACAGAAACACAGAAGCACAGAAAACACAGGACACUGAACACUGAACACUGAACAAGCAAAGCCCAAAGAACUUUUAUUUGUUUAACAAAAAACGGCGGACGGACGGAUGAUAUAUGAUAUAUGGGGAAUAGGCGACGCGUACAUUACAUAAUAUCGAUAAUAUUGAUGCAGAUACACGAUGCAAUGCUAAUGAUGAUCAGAUGGACAAUGAUAAUGAUAACAACAGAAAAAAGGCAGUUGAUUGAAAGGCAUUUCCUAUAUACAUACAUAUACAACCACAUACAUAUGCAUUAUGCAAGCCACAUGUACGACAUGACACUAACAAACUCACAGUCACACCACCCACAGCCACACACACACAAGCGCCAGCAUUGCAUAUAGUUGUUGUUUGGUCUGAAUAAUUUUUAUAGAAUUUCAUAAUUUAUGUGUAGUUUAGUUUCCUCAUGUAUUUAUUAAACAAAAACAAAACCAAACGAGCGUAUAUCUACAUAUACCGCAUAUAUAUAUACAUACACUUCUAUACAUAUACGAGUAUAUAUAUAUAAAUAUUAUAUAUUAAAUGUUUCCUGUUGCAAUCUCUCUUUGAAAUUAUUCAUGCCAUCAACGCUCUGCAUUUGUCGUGCUUGUUUAGACCUAAGUUCGAAAGAUUCCACACAAAUCCAGCGGCAAGGGAAAUAAUAUGUAUUAACUCGAUUGAAUUGCGUGUCAGCGUGUGGGCUAAUAUAAAUAAUAUUAUAUAAUAAACCAAAAAACGAGAAGAGGAAAGGAAAACACAAAAUAUGGAAGGAAAAUCUCUAACGUAUAAGUCUAAUUUAAAGAUACAAAUGAAACGGAUAUAAAAACUCUAUCUAUUGUAUUUACAAACGAAGCAAAACCAAACUAAACUAAAAUGAGAAAACAAAAACGGAUAAGAGUCAAGUAAAGCAAAGCAUAUGUGGCCACUUAACUAGCUUAUGUAAAGAGCAGCAGUAGCAGCAGCCAUCGACGAUUGAUUGAUUGAUUGGUUGGUUGAUUGAUACAUUUCAAUGUAAAUUGUAAUUUGUUGAAUUUACGUGUAUAGAAAAGUUUAGCUGGCAAACACACAAACAACAACAACAACACAUACUGGACACAAACUAACUUUAAUGUAUGAUUUAAUUCACUUACCGAGCUGAUUUGUUGGAACUUACAAUGAUUUGUGGCAUUUAUGAGAGGAGCAAGGCAAAUCAGCCGAACAAUUCAACUAUGGCGGCGCACAAAAGCAUGCUAUAUAUUUUUGCCAUAUCUACGCACACACCACACACAAAGCGAAAAGAACACACAAAAUAUGAAUCAAAAUGAAAGGAACGCAGAACUCAAAUCUCCCACACUGAAACUAAGGAUUGUAUGUAAUAAUAUGAUAAUUUAUGAACUCUACUUUUAAUGAUAAACACCUACGUAUACAUGUACAUGUACGUGACUGUAUCUAGCGAAUGGCAUUUAACCCCCCGAGUAUGUUGAAUUGUUUGAUUAGACUUAUUAUUAUAAUUAUUAUGUAUAUGCUUUGUAUGUAUGUAUUUUGUGCAUUUUGAUUUUACACAACGAUUUAGCUGCAAUGAAUUUAUAUUGUUAUUUUUAUAGUAUUUCUUUUGUAUCUGCCCAGUCUUCUCCUCCUCCUACUACUCGACCCCUCCCCACUUGUGCUCUUGCUCUAGUUGGACGGCAAUCCAUUUAUGUUUUAUAGUUUUUAAGCCUAAUUUAUGUAAACGCACACACAAACAAACACACAACUUAAACAUCAACUAAGUAAGUUUAUUAGCGAAAUAAAUAUUAUUUGACAUUCAACAAGAAGUGAGGAAACAUUUUGCGAGAAGCUUAACGAGAUCGUUUCGAUUUUAUGUUGGCUACUCCCCCCGAACAACCAGUGAAACUUUUCAAAAGUUGUGUUGGCCGCAGAAUCCGUACAAUUCCUAGACUUUAAACACCGAUCAGCGAACAUUCACCUCUAAGCAUUUACUUAGGUCAGCCAACACUUUCCCAUUUCCAUGACCCCUACUAUAAAUCCUUGCCCAACCAAAAAUACUGUAAUAUUUAAUACGUAUGUAUUUUCCAUUCAACUUGUAAAAUUCUACCAAAAAGAUAAAAAAACAAAACGCAAAAACCAUUUUCAAAUAAAACUAUUUAUUCAAAAACAAAAACCAACAGCCAUUUUGUUAUUUUCGUUAGAGUUUAUUGAUUUCCAAACAGCCAGCCCAAUGUUUUGCAUGUAAUAGUUUUCAAUGUUGCUGCUGGCCAUGAAUUUGGGGUAAAAAACAGAGAUGAUCAGUAAUAUUUAGUCACUUGACCAGUAAGGCAGAAGAUCAAGAACCAAGAGUUCAAUAAUUGUAUGUGUAACUAUAAAUAAAUACCAAAUCGAUAUAUUUAUUGACAAUUUAAUUAAGCCACAAACAGGAAAGUUAUUCAUUUACCUUCGAGACAAAGUAAUCCAGGUCGGUCUAUAUAUACAAAUACAUAUAUCUAAAUUAAACGAAAAUAUAUUUAGUAAAGGGCGAUCAACAAAUUGCUACAUGCAUACCAUACAUAUGUACUAUAUUUUUCUCGUAACUAAUUAUUACUCGAAGUACUCAUACGGUGGCGACUAUAAUUUACCUCCUCAACUCAACGUCGCUCAACUUUUCGACUCAACCGAGAACAACUAAGUAAAUAAAGCAAGCAACAUUCAAGUAAUAGCAACAUUCGUUCAUAUAGUACAGCAUAGUGUUAACCGCAGUAUAUCGACUAAACUUUUUGCAUAUUUUCAAUACUAAACGGAAUAGAGUCGACCCGAAACGGAAAUGGAAUCAAACAUAAUUCAUAUUUUUCUAAAGCUCAUACACCUCUUUGCUCCACACACACACUCAAACACACCCCAUAAGUCAUAAAAACGCAAGUCGCACCACUACUAAAAUUACUUUAAUAGCAGUUAAAACAUUUAUAAGUGAAAUCCAUAAAGAGCUAACAAAGAAGUUAAGGUUAAUUAACUCGAAUCAGAUGUCGGAGGACAUUAUCCACACACACACACGAUUUUUGUAAGUGGCGAAAACAAAUCUUUGGGAUUUUAAAGGGAACUGGAGGAUAAGAGGCAGAUAAAUGGUGGCACGCGGAAUCAAGAGUAUAGGUUAGACAAAGUUUAGACAUUGUAUCUAAUCUAAUUUGUAGCCUAAUUCAAAAUGCUUUGGUUGUCCCCAUGCAGCAGAUCAGAUUUGUUUAACUUGUAUAUGGCAAAACUAUUUAUAUACCUACUUAUAAUAUAACGUAUGUGGAAAUAUAAUUCUCCUCAAUUCUUGAGCUCCUUUUCUCUCUCCAAUGACCACCACGUGGACAAUGUGUAGCUAAUGGCCCAUGGAAAAGUUUUAAAUUGAGAUUGAAGCGAGCCACAGAAUCUAACUGAGCUCGAAAAUGAUGAAUGAAUUUGAAUCGUUGAAUUAAAAAAUUUAAAAUAAUAUAUAAAACAUAAAAAUAAUGAUAUAAAACGGAAGUAACAAAACCAAAAUGUUUGUAUGUAAAAGAAACUCAAAACGUUAGAGAUCAUCUACAAUUUAAAUAAAUAUAAAUAAAACAAA